CACAUAGCACAACAUAUCCAUUUUAUUUACAACAACAAUGGCUUCUGUGCCUCAACCAAAAAUCUCCCUUCUAACCUUAUUCUUCUUCUCGUCCUUCACCAUCAUUGCGCAUGCAAUUGUUCCUCAAAACGAAACCUUCAAAUUUGAGAACUCAGGUGAACUUGGACCCUACAUCGUUGAGUACGGUGCAGAUUACAGAAUGAUAAGCAUCUUCAACUCUCCAUUCCAAGUUGGUUUCUACAACACCACCCCAAAUGCCUUCACUCUAGCUUUGCGUGUAGGGCUCCAACGCUCGGAGCAGCUAUUUCGUUGGGUUUGGGAGGCCAACAGGGCCAACCCAGUUGGAGAAAAUGCCACUUUUUCACUUGGCACUGAUGGGAACCUUGUGUUGGCAGAUGCUGAUGGCAGAAUUGCAUGGCAAACUAACACUGCCAACAAGGGUGUUGUGGCCUUCAGGCUUCUUUCAAAUGGUAACAUGGUCCUUCUUGAUGCACAAGGCGGGUUCGUUUGGCAGAGUUUUGAUCACCCCACAGAUACCCUUUUGGUUGGCCAAUAUCUUAGAGCAAAAGGGCCAUCCAAGUUGGUUAGUAGGCUCUCAGAGAAGGAAAAUGUUGAUGGGCCUUAUAGUUUGGUCUUGGAGCCUAAAGGGUUAGCCUUGUACUACAAGAGCAAGAAUUCUCCUAAGCCAAUUCUCUAUUGGUUUUCUUCUGAUUGGUUCACCAUUCAACGAGGGUCCUUGGAAAAUGUCACCUUCACAUCUGAUCCAGAAACUUUUGAACUUGGAUUUGAUUACCAUGUGGCCAAUUCUUCAUCUGGUGGCAAUAGAAUCCUUGGCAGGCCAGUGAACAAUAGCACCAUAACAUAUCUCAGGCUUGGAAUUGAUGGCAACAUUAGGUUCUACACUUACUUCCUUGAUGUGCGUGAUGGUGUAUGGCAAGUGACCUACACUCUAUUUGAUAGAGAUUCUGAUGAGAGUGAGUGCCAAUUGCCUGAGAGAUGUGGGAAAUUUGGGUUGUGUGAAGAUAACCAAUGUGUGGCUUGUCCAUUGGAAAAUGGACUACUUGGUUGGAGCAACAAUUGCACUGCCAAGGCUGUGACAUCAUGCAAGGCUAGUGAUUUCCACUACUACAAAAUUGAAGGAGUUGAGCAUUACAUGAGCAAAUACACUACAGGGGAUAGAGUGAGUGAGAGUACUUGUGGAAACAAAUGCACCAAGGAUUGCAAGUGUGUGGGUUAUUUCUACCACAAGGAGAAUUCAAGGUGUUGGGUAGCUUAUGAUCUUCAAACCCUUACUAGAGGGGCCAAUUCCUCACAUGUGGGGUAUAUUAAGGUGCCUAAUAAGUAAAAUAUUAAAACCUUGAUAUUGCGGUUUUAUACAGUUUUACUUCAAUUAAUUCCUAAUACUAGUUUAAGUUGAAAUAAAGUUAUGGUAUGAUUCUGUCCUCCGUGAAGAGAAGGACAUGGAUGUACAAUAAAGAAGUUUGUAAUAAAGUUUUGAUUGGUUUGGCUUAAAGUACGAUUCAUGUUUUUCU